GAGCCAGCAGGGUGUGGUGACCAGUCUCCUGCAGCCUGGCGAUCAGAUCUGUCUCCGACAUGGACUCUUUAUGGGAUGACCUGGACAGCCUGGUGGAUUCUCCGGCCCCGGUCCCCGUCACGAGUGUACACCGGGGGACGGUCCAGCCCAAAGCGGACUUCGAUGCAGGAGAAGACGCCGCCGCUCUGAAGGAGGCCAUUGAAGGAAUCGGCACUGACGAGAAGGUCCUGGUGGACAUCCUGACCCGGAGGAGCGGCGCCCAGAGGCAGCUCAUCUGUGAGGCCUAUCAGGAAGCAGCCGGCAGGAGUUUACUUGAGGACCUGAAAGGAGACACGGACGACGACUUCCAGCACGUCCUGGUGGCGCUGGUCACGCCGCUGGCGGCCUUCGACUGCCACGAGGUGAUGAGGGCCAUGAAGGGACUGGGGACGGAGGACAGCACCCUGAUCGAGAUAUUUGCCUCCCGGUCGAACCAGCAGGUCAAAGCUCUGUCUGACGUCUACCUCCAAGAAACGGAGAAGCUGGUGACUCUGGACCUGAAGAGCGAGCUCUCUGGAGAUUUCUCUGAAGCUCUGCUCCUCCUCGCCAAGGGUGAGCGAGAUGAGAGCCGCAGUGUGGACACUGAGCAGGCACAGGAGGACGCAAAGACUCUUUACCAUGCCGGGGAGAAGAAGUGGGGCACCGACGAAGCUCCGUUCAUCGACAUCCUGUGCAAGAGGAGCGUCGCUCAGCUCAGACAGACUCUGGUCGCGUACAAGAACCUCAGUGGGAAGACUCUGCAGAGGAGCAUCGAGGGAGAGAUGUCCGGCAACCUGGAGGAGCUGCUGGUGGCUGUCGUGAAGUGUGUGAAGAACAUCCCGGCGUACUUCGCAGAGCGUCUGCACGACAGCAUGAAGGGCGGAGGAACGGAUGAGCGCACUCUGACCCGCAUCAUGGUGGGUCGCUCCGAGAUCGACCUGCUGGACAUCAGGGCCGAGUUCAAGAAGCUGUACGAGUGUUCGCUGCUGUCUGCCAUCCAGUCGGACGCGUCCGGAGACUACGGCGAGUGUCUGAAGAUCAUCUGUGGAGGAGACGACUGAAGAGCCUCGGCGCUCCGCUUCCCUCUGUCCUCUGCAACACUGAGUCUCAUGUCUUCAGCAAACCUUCACCCUGUUUGUACCUCAGGAAAAAAAAUAAACAUAAAUAAACGUGAGGAAAACUGUCCGAUGCUGGAAAAACUGCUGAGAACUUAUGGAGAAGUGAGAGCUCUGCUGCUGCAGCUGAACAUCUCAAUAUGCAGAUGAGCUUGAAUGUGUCUGGAAAUGAAAUCCUAAUGAAGAA